AUGCUUACAAAUUGUUUUGUUUACAUUUUUCACAAUUAAGAUUGUUAAUUAAUCUAAUCAUUUUUUCUGCUGGUCAGUUUUAAUUUUGUUUUGUUUUUUGUUUUUCUAUUUCUUUACGUAAUUUAAGUGAACAAUGUUUAACAAUACUCUUCGUCCUUUAUUGAUGAAAUGUUAUCGUCAUUCAGGGUCAUCACCAUGUGGACCUUUUUUAAGCUCAUAUAAUUUAAGUAAAACUUUUACUGGUCAAAGUGUAAAGAAAGGGCAACAAUUAAAUCCUGAUAUAAUUGAAAUUAAACGAGAAUCUCUAGUUGAAGAAUUCCUUCCAAUUCCAACAAAUGCUGAAAGAACAGUGGCCAAAUUUCCUAAGUCAAUUCAACCAUAUUUAAAGCUUAUGAGGUUACAUUCACCAACCGGUGGAUUGUUACUCCUUUGGCCUGGUUAUUUUGGUUUAGCUUUUGCAACUGAUCCAAUGAGGUAUCCAAAUCCAACCUAUCUCGCUUUAUUUGGCAUAGGAACCAUUUUAAUGAGAGGAGUUGGAUGCACAAUCAAUGACAUUGUUGAUCGUCAUUAUGAUUUACAUGUAAAUAGGACAAAAAACCGGCCAAUAGCCACCGGAGAGUUAAGUGUACCCAAAGCAGUUGCCUUCUUAGCCUUACAGUCCAGUUUAGCUUUGUCCAUAUUGAUGAAAUUUGAUACAACGAGUAUUAUUUUAGGUUUAAGUUCCGUUGGUCUUAUUUGUAUUUACCCAUUUGCCAAGAAAUUUACUUAUUGGCCUCAACUUGUCCUUGGAUUGACAUUUAAUUGGGGAGCUCUACUUGGAUGGUCAGUAGUGACCAAAGGAAACAUAUUCCUACCUGGAGCAAUCCCUCUCUACCUCGCUUGUAUUUCCUGGACACUAUUUUAUGACACAAUUUAUGCUCAUCAAGAUAGAGUUAACGAUUUAUCCAUCGGCCUCAAAUCUACAGCAAUUAAAUUCGGUGAAAAUACCAAGAAUUGGCUACAUGGUUUCCAUGCAACCAUGUUAACCAAUUUGAUCAUCGCCGGACUCGCUACCGGACAAGUGUGGCCUUACUAUUGCUCUCUUGGACUGGCCAGUUUUCGUCUGUUUUCCAUCACUCGAACCCUCGAUAUCAAUAAUCCUCGUAAUUGUGGGCAAAAGUUCGAAGACAAUGUAUUAAUUGGUUAUAUUCUUUUCUGCGGAAUUGGUUUGUCGACCAUGAUUAAAACUGAUUCAACCAAAGAGGAGAUGGUCGAAGAUGAUCUGAACAUUAAAUUGGAAGACGUUUUUGGAGAUGAAGCUGAGAAAACAAAUUAAUCACUUCAUUAAAAGUCCAAAGGUUCUUGUUCAUCUGUGAAAUACGAUGUAUACUACCAAGACCAGGACGUUCUGGUGAACAGUUUCGAGGAUUUUGGUUCGUUUGUUUUGUUUUUUCCAACGAUCGAUUAACGGCCAUUUCAUUUAUCGAAAGGCACAUGUACAUUAUGUAGAUUUGAACGAUUUUAUUGUGAAAGCAAAUUUGUUUUGGUUGUUUUGGUUAAUCCAGUUUGAUGAUUGAGACACAAUUUAAUGAACACAUUAAACACAUUUUGAUGAUUUA